AUGGCGGAUUCGAAUGCGCCUGCGCCGCCUGCGCGGUCGGAUGUCUCGACGCCGGCGCGCACCGAGAUGAUACAGAGUGCAGUAUCGUUCCUGGCAGACCCCAAGGUGCAGAGCUCGCCGAUUUCGCAGCGUGUGAGCUUCCUGGAAUCCAAGGGCCUGACGCCCCAGGAAGUGGACCUGGCGCUUGCGCAGGCCUCGCGGCCACAGAGUCUCGGCUCGGCCCCUCAGUACGCCAGCCCAUACCCCAUGAUGCCUGCGUACCCCCCCGGGCAGCAGUACCGCCGCGAUUGGCGCGACUGGUUCAUCAUGGCCGUCGUUUCAGGCACGAUCGGCUAUGGUAUCUUUGGCCUGGCCCGCCGAUACCUUUACCCCCACAUGCAGCCGCCGAACCAAACGGUGCUCGAGGCGGAGCGCGACGAGCUCGCGGCCAAGUACGACGAGGUGGCGUUGCACCUCGAGGAGCUCGAUCAGACCACCGAGGCCAUCCGCCAGGGCUUGGACGAGCACCAGACUGCGAUCGAGAAGAGCGUCGUGGGCGUCAACGAGAUGGUCGAACAUAUCCGCACGCGCGAAGAGUCCCGCGACAAGGAUGUCGAAAAAAUGAAGGCCGAAGUCGAGGAGAUGCGCGAAGAGUUCUCAUCGCUCUUGAACCGAGCACGCAAGGGACAGAUCGAGGCCUUGACCGACCUGCAGGGCGAGAUGAAGUCGCUGCGCACGCUGAUGAACUCGCGCGGCGGCCUGGCCGGCUCGUCGUCCUCGACGGCGCCGGCGGCGAACGCCAGCGAAGGCGACAGCGCUCCGGCGCCGGCGCGCCCGGCCGCCAAGGGUAUUCCCAGCUGGCAGCUACAGGAAGAGGAGUAG